AUGCUGUUGUGGAUGUAUUUGACGCUGGCACCGGACCUUCCGGAGGCCUUGGCCAGCUUUCAGGUGCACAUUUGCAGCAUCUAUGCGAUGUCGGUGGUCCAGAAGUGCUUCUGCUCUGCUUGGCGUGGAAGAUCCUGGGCAAGGUGGUCUCCUCACGGUUUCUUAUGGAAGUCCAUGUGGGCGAAGCCCUACUUCCCAUCCUUGCAGCGGUUCCUCUUUCUGCGCCCCGCCGUGGCACAUUACUUGGGCUGGGCUUCGUUGCUGCUGGAGCUGGGGCCUCUGCUGGCGCUCGUGGCUAGCCGCUGGCUGCAGCGCUGCGCCUAUGGCGGCUUGAUGGCCAUGCACCUUGGAGUGCUGCUUGUGCAGGGCAUCGACUACGUGAGCUAUUGGACUCCAAGCCUUCUGGUGGGGCUCCUUUGUUUUGAGCCGCUCUCGGUGCUGAGCUCCGCCUGGGCUGUUUCAGGUGUUUGGCCGAUGCUGACAUUGCUGGGUGCGCAGCUGCUGUUCGCGCUAGGCACGGCGGAGAACUUCAACAUCAACCUGCCACCCCUCAUGUCCUGCCCCAUGUUUGUCACUGUUGCCCGUUUGGACGACGGAUGUCACCAGCACUACGUGAUGACGGCAGAUGGAGAAGUUCCUUACGAGCGCAUCGAAUGGAUGUAUCCCUUCGUCCGGGCCGAGUACGGCAUGGCCUUGACCAAAUCCGACGUGGCGCAUUUCCCGAUGCCCUUCGUGGCCUUUGGCUGGGGCGGGUCCUUAGAAGGUGCUCCACGGCUCCUUCAUCGCUUCUUCCGGAGAUUCCGGGGAUUUUAUCUCAUCAGCAACGUGCACUUGCCAAGAAGCCUGCAGUCUCAGUUGAGAUCCAUCGUUGUGGACUUGCAUGCGGGUGGCCUCGAUGCGCCCUACCAACACCUGGCCUCCCUGGCGGACCGAUGCGAGGCAGCGCGCCGCGCCUUUCAGGAGAACGUGGAAGGUCCGACCGACCCAUCGGCGCAUCCGCGCGCCAUUGCGACGUGUGCGGCGUGCGUGUGGGAGGAAGGGACUAAUGUUUGCAGAGUCAAGGAAAAGGAUUUGAGUCGAGCUGCACGUGGUCCGGUGAAGCGCCGCGAACGCGGCCACGUACGCAGAAGGGCGUGGGUGCGGCCUCAUCAGAUUCCAAUGGCUCGCAAGAAGCCAUGCCAGCCGUGUAUAGCACACUUUAAGCGAUCUCAUCGAGCUCGGUAA